GCGCGCCUGGGUAGAUCUCCGCCUGUUUCAGUGUAUAGUCAAUGCAAACUCAACAGCGUGCGUCUUGGGAAUUACGACGUUCUAGGAGUGAAAUAGUGAUUAUUUUCAGACUGUUACCUCUUCGUCAAUACGCUUGCUGAAUUUUGGACUAUUUCCCUCGGAAAUAUCUCGCGGAAUUUAUUUUGGAGAUAAGACUUUGGCUCCUGAAUUGUGUCGCCGGUGGAGAGGUCCUCAAAGGCCCAUCGCUCCUAAUGCCCCCAGAGGUAGUCAGUCAGUUGGGAGGAAGAAUUCAGCCCAUACCUCUUAAAUUCAGAACCCUUCAGAAUCCUGUUCUGUCCUCUGAUUUGGGAUUCCUACUGGAUGUUCACUCUGUACCGAUUGCCUCAUCGAAUCCCACUGCCGUUGUUGGACGAUUCAGAAGCUGAGGACCUUGCUGAGGACCACUCUGCGGGGGUCCACCCCCACCUCUCUCUCUUCUUCCUGAACCAUUGUGAACUUCAACGAUAGUGACUGAUUGGACACUGCAUCUGCCAGUCUCAGCUGAUUCUAGACUACAGGGCCCCUGUGGAUCUGAGCCACACACCAUGACUUGCUGAAGCCCCACUUGCUGCUACCCACCCCCCUUCUCCUCAUUGAAGAUGGUCCCUCCGGAACGGACGAGGUGGCGCCUCCUGCUGGCAGCCCUCACACUCACUUCCUGUCUACUGUCCACCUCAGCCACAGCCCCGCCCUUCCCAAAAGACCUGGAGCCAAUCAACGUUGUCCGAUGGGAGCACUCCUACCUGUACCCAGGGUUCCAGGGGCUGGUGUCGGACAACGACACAUUCAGACUAGGCCUGGACUUCCAGAGGAUGCUGAGGAUCAACCAUAUGCUCUACAUCGCUGCCAGGGACCAUGUUUUUGCAGUAAACUUGACCACAGCUGGUGACGACUUCGUCCCCCAGCUGAAGCUGACAUGGAGGUCCAAGGAUGUGGCCAAGUGUACCGUGAGGGGUCGAAACAGCGAUGAAUGCUACAACUAUGUCAAAGUGCUGGUACCGAGGAACGACGAGACCCUAUUUGCUUGCGGCACUAAUGCCUUCAACCCCACCUGCCGUAACUACAAGAUGACCACCCUGGAGCAGGUUGGCGAAGAGGUGGUGGGUCAGGCGCGCUGUCCCUUCGAGUCGGGGCAAUCCAACCUCGGCCUCUUUGCUGGCGGUGAUUUCUACUCUGCCACCAUGACCGACUUCCUGGCCAGCGACGCUGUCAUCUAUCGUAGUCUUGGCGACGACAGCCCCGUCCUGCGGACCGUCAAGUACGACUCCAAGUGGCUCCGAGAGCCCCAUUUCCACCAUGCGAUCGAGUAUGGAAAUUAUGUCUACUUUUUCCUCAGUGAGAUUGCAGUGGAGUACACCACACUGGGCAAGGUGGUGUUCUCUCGUGUGGCGCGGGUGUGUAAGAACGACAACGGCGGCUCUCCUCGGGUGCUAGAGCGCUACUGGACCUCCUUCCUGAAGGCGCGGCUCAACUGCUCGGUGCCCGGCGACUCGUUCUUUUACUUCGACGUGCUGCAGUCGCUCACCAACGUGCUACAGAUCAACCAGCGCCCCGCGGUGGUGGGAGUGUUUACUACGCAAGCUAACAGUAUCCCUGGCUCAGCAGUGUGUGCCUUCUACAUGGAUGACAUAGAGAAGGCCUUUAAUGGGAAGUUUAAGGAACAGAAAACCAGUGACUCAGCCUGGACCCCAGUACCAGAGGAACAGGUGCCCAAGCCUAGACCUGGUUCCUGUGCCGGUGACGGCCUGGCCUCUGCCUACAAGUCGUCCACCACCUUCCCCGACGACACGCUGACCUUCAUCAAGUCUUACCCUCUGAUGGACGAGGCGGUGCCCUCCGUCAACGACCGGCCCUGCUUCACCCGCACCACCAGCAGGUACAAGCUGACUCAGAUUGCGGUGGACACCUCUGCCGGGCCGUCUAAAGACCGCACUGUGGUCUUCCUGGGCUCGGAGGAUGGCAGGGUCCUGAAGGUGUUGUCCAGUUCCGGAAGUACAAUCGGCGCUAACUGUGUUUUUCACUUCUCCAGGUACAAGCUGACUCAGAUUGCGGUGGACACCUCUGCCGGGCCGUCUAAAGACCGCACUGUGGUCUUCCUGGGCUCGGAGGAUGGCAGGGUCCUGAAGGUGUUGUCCAGCACUCAUCCUAAUGCCUCCUUUGGCUCCCAGCUCCUGGAGGACAUAGAUGUGUAUAACCCCUCAAUGUGUAACAUUCAGGGGCAGGAGGACCGGAGGAUUCUGGGAAUGGAGCUGGAUAAGGAGCAUCAUGCCUUGUUCGUGGCCUUCACCAGCUGUGUCAUCAGAGUACCACUCAGCCGCUGCACUGAGCACGGCGCCUGUAAAAAGAGUUGUCUGUCCACCCGCGACCCGUACUGCAUCUGGCUCCGGACCGGGAGUUGUGCCAACAUGGCGCCAGGGUUCAAGGCUGGCUUUGAGCAGGAUAUCGAGGGAGACCACUCACUGUACCCUGAGAACUGCCUUGCAGAUGUUCUGGCGACCAAGCGAAACCAGAACCCCGCGGCAGACUCAGCCUACGGUGUCCGAAGGCUCCCUGACAUGGAGAAGUCCAGCCCCAGCGUCCACUACACCCUCCUGAUCGCCUGCGUCCUGGUUGCCUUUUUCCUCGGUGCCAUCCUCUCCGGCUUCCUGGUGUCAUGCUACUGCAGUCACAACGCCCGCCGUGCCCACCGGCUUGGCAAGGACCCUGAGGCAUCCCUCCACCCCGCCCUCUCGCUGCGCAGCCUGGCCAAGCUAAAUGGCCUGCUGGACGGCCAGCCGAAAGAGGAGAAGCUGGACGUGUCUACGCCCAAGAUGUACAGCUCCUUCGUUCCCAACGGGAAGGAGCACACUCCGGGCAGGCACGGGAUGUCCCUGGGAGACCCUGACCUUAACCUCUCCCAGGGGGAGAACCUCUCAGGCCUACCCACCCCUGACUCCACCCCGGAGCUGCCGAUCAAGAACAUGAAGGCCUUCCGGAACCAGUGGGAGAGGAACCAGAACUGCAACAACGCAAAGGAGUCUAAGGCACCGCCUGGCACCGGUUUCGGCCUGGGUUCGUCGAGGUCCAGCUCGGGGGUCACCCAGCAGGUGUUCCCCUUCUCCCACAGCCUGACCAACGGCCAAGCCCUCGGGCACCUGCCCGAGGAGAGGAAGAUCCCCAACGACGAGCGUGCAAAGGGGGCUUCGGCCUCCCAGUCCUCCUCCUGCUACCCGCAGACGGUGGUGGAUGUGGCGGCCCUGGACGAGCUCCUCAAGCACAUCCACGAGGUCAGCGCUUCAGGCAGCCACAGCAUCACUGUGCUGACCUCACCGUGUGCUCCCCUGCCGGGUAGCUCCAGCUCCAGCCAUAACCACAGUCACAGCCAGAGCAGCUUCAGAUCCCAGCCCCAGAUCCCCGAGACGGAGUCGGCCCAGUACUACAGCUCCUCCACCCUGCCCAGGGACAGUCUGACCCGCCGCCUGGACGUGCCCCCCGAUGCUGCUGCCGCCUCCUCAGCUGGCGCCACCCCGCUGCAGCAGCAGUCCAUCCCCGAGCGGAGCUCAGUGACUCGCCACCACUCCCAGAGGCAUUUAAUGAUCAAGAUGGGCAACGGAGGGGCCGUCCCGCGCCAGCACAGCUUCAGACAGGGCGGGGUUGGGCCACCACCCCACCAGCUGCUCACCCGGAUCAACUCUGGAGGUGGUGGUGCUGGCGGCGGGGGUGGGGUUGGCUUUGAAGCCCACCGGCCACUCAUCCCUAGUGCCUGCCUGACACGGCAGCACAGCUACAGCGAACCACCCCACCUCCACCGCGCCGCCAUUGUACGCCGCACGGCCUCCCUCAAGCCCCAGGUACCCCCCAAGCCCCUCUUCCUGCCCGCCACUUCGCCCGUAAACGAGCAAGGCAAUUACAACUACUGAGAGCUUGUAGUCGGACUGAGGCCCCAAAAUGACAGACGAUGUAACCGCUCUCCUCUCAGAGUUAGGGCAACUCCCCUGUGAUUGGGGUUCGGGGGAGCAACAACCGGGACUGGCAUAUCUUUUGACGAGACGGCCGACAAUAGCCUCCACACCUGAUGAAUGUCCUUAUACCAUAUUGGUAUUAUUGCAAUGCUACUUGAUCACAGGACAGUGAUGGAUUAACAGCAUAUAGAACAUGUGGUAGUAUUGAAUUGACUUGGAGGAUCUGUACCCUCGUUUGAGGCCAAAGAAUAAAGUAACAGGGGCCCAAAACUCAAUGUAAAGGACAGAUCGCAAGUCGGCCACCAAAGCUGUGAACAAUGCCUGCUUUAGCUUGGACCCAAGGCCUCAACUUAUGAGAGCACCUCACAACACAAACAGUGCUCAUCCUGCCUGUAAUGUAUGUAUACUGUAUGCGUGUGUGUAUACAUGUAUAUGCUCUUCAUGUUAAGAUAUCAGAGGGCGGAACCAUGAAGCAGCUACAUUAACUGUGGUGAGAUGGUCAACUCCUAGCCAUUUCUUAACCCUCUUAUGACAGAGAUACCAUGGAGGCCCCACUCAGUACACACAUUCGGUACAUACAUCCCUCGACGAGGGAUUUAGCAAUAACUUACCGUUGUGCAGUUAAGUAUCAACUGUACCCCUUGAUAUAAGGGUAAGUAUUAUACUUCUUGCAGCAUACCAUAAGAAAUGACCACUUUGAUAAUGCUUGGAAAAUUAUUAAUUCUGUAUUAGUGGAAUGAUGCUGAGGAACGAGACACAUGGCGUCAGUAUAGACCCAUCAUGCAUCAUAGCGUUACUAUUAUGUUUGUCCCUGGUGGAUGGGGGCUCCGCUAGCCUGUGACAGAAGGCCGCCUCGGGGCCUGAUGAGUUAGGAGAAUCCUUGCCCUGCAUUUGGAAUUCUUACUUUUUGGACAUAAAUGCUACGAUAACUCCAGAGGAAUUUAACAAGCCCCCAAUAUGACUGUCAUUGUCAUUCAAGAAGAGGAUGCAGUACACUGCAACCUUGAAAACAAUUAGUUUCAUCCUUAACACUUAGUGAGAAUUGGUUCCACAUUGAGGUGCAAUCAUUCAGGCUAUGUCUUAUAUUGGCAUUAUAAAAUUAUAUUUAAAAAGUCAAGUCUUAAAGCGGAGCCCCAAGAAACCACUCAUGGGCACAUAGCGCCCUCUUAUGGACAAGCCCUUAAUAACUGUGUAAUAAAGUCAGUAAUUAUGUUUACCAUAUUGCUAUUAACAUUGUGGAUGUUGUUGUAAAUAAAGGCAUCUGUGGAAUAAUACUAGCCAAACUUUGAUUUGUAUGUGUUAAUGUGUGCCUUAUUUAAUAAUGUGGUGUGGAAAAGGGAAAAAAGUCUGUUUUUGUCUCCAUCGUUCUGUUGUCAUUACAAAUUCAUUUCAAAUCUGUCCUCCUGCACGGACUCCAUAUCAGAGGUUCUAUUUCUACUGACAGCUGUUUUUAAAAAUGGCAUUCGUCUUUUUUUUUUUCUUCAUGAAUUUUAAGCUUCUUUAUAUACUGUAUAUUUAAUGACAAAUGAGCUAGAUGGAAAAGAUGAGUAGAUCUGAAAGUAUAUCAGCAAUGUUAGGUCUGUGUCAUGUUUUUGAAAGACCUCUCAAAUAUGUUUGAAAUGGUAUGGACAUAGGCUGAGGCAUUAACUCUGCUUUACAAAGAAAUUGUAUUUAAUAUGGGCUCUAUUCAGUCUGUAAAGCUGAAGCAUUACAGAUUCCGAUAGAAUUGUUAAGGUGAUUUCCCAUUGAGCCGACAUACAGUGUCUGCUAAAGCGGGAAUAUUGCAUUUAAAUUUCAAUCACGCUGUAAAGCAGAAUUUUCGCACUGCGGAUUAAAUAUAAGCCCCAAGUGUGGGGCGAAAGAGGCUAGCUGAGGGACUUGCAAAUGAAAAUGCUGCAAGAAGGGCUGGAUGGUUGAUGAUUGCCUGGUCCAACAAGUAUGCUAUUCAAAUGAAGCGCAGGAUUGUAGGACAUAAAGUAGGUGUCUGAAGAUGCCUACAGUGAGCUAACAGUGCCCAUAGGUUUAGUUAUUUCUUUGCUAUUACUGUAAAAGGAAAAUUCCACCCAAAAACUAUCUUUUGGUAUUUGUUUCAUUAGUCUAUUGUUGAUCUAGUCCCCACAUUUUUUUGCAUGUCAGCAAUCAAGUUCAUACGGCUGUAUUUCUGUGUUUUUAAAGUUAUAGCUUAACUUGAUUGCUGACAGUCCCAAAAUGUUUGCAUAUGUCAACAAUGGACAAAUGAAACGAAUACUAAAAGCUAGUUUGGGGGUAGAAUUUUCCUUUAAAUAGAGAAAUAGCACCUGCAGCGUGUGUGUGUGCAAGGAACCAAGACUUUGUUUUACGUUGAGGUUAACAAGUGAGUUGAUUGAGUGUGUGUACUGGCACCUUCUCUGCCUCAAGUUGAACAGAAAUAUCAAAUAAUUCAAUGCUAAUGUCAAUUGCAAGACACGUCAUGAAAAUGCCUACAACACUAAAACCACGUUAUCUAUAUCCCCUCAUCUGGCCACUUUGACAGAAAAAAAGUUGAGUUGGGUGCUAGAAUAGAUUCAUGUAAACUGGUUACGUUUGAGUACUGUAUGCCAAUAUUGAGUUUAUAUGCAAUGUUUGCGUUUUCAAUUGCUAUAAAAAAUCCCUUCAGAAGAAUGCUCUCUGACAUACAUCUAAAAUGUAUUUCAUUUGACAUCUUAUUAAUGUAUCAUACCCCUCACUCACUUGACCAAUGAGGUUUACUCUUUUUGUAAAUAUAGCAAACCAGCAGUCACUUGCAUCUCCAUGGUGAUUUCAUUUAUUUUUACAAGUAGACUUCGCCCCAGAUGUCCUGAAUUCUAUUAAACACAGCUGUAUGUCCGCUACAAUUAAAGAUAUCUAAUAAAAUGAUCUUCAAAUGCA